UAAAUGUACGUGCAUUUCAGAUAUAUGUGCUGGAAUUUUUUUAACAAUUAAUCUAGUAGAUUACCUAUAAUGAUGCUGUACAUAUAUAUCUUGUUAUUUAUAACAAAUGUAAAAGGAUCAGGAAGAUUUCCUCAAUGCUUCCAGAAUGUUCACAGUAUAGCGAGUUUUAUUGGGCCGCAGUAUUCUGGAAAUGUGUACUUCACAAAGCAUGGCUCAAGUCUCACAGUAACUGGACAUUUAUCAGGUUUUCCACGAUAUACAUGGUUGGGUGUUCACAUACAUGAGUAUGGUGCAUUAGGUAAUGGAUGUAAUGAUGCCGGACCACAUUUUAAUCCGUUUAACAGUGACCAUGGUGGACUAACAGGUUCACCAAGACAUCCUGGAGAUUUCGGAAAUCAUUAUGUAGAUCAAAAUGGUAUUUUGACUCUUGAUUUCAAUGUUGAUAUUUCUUCUAUUACUAAAUUUAAUGGAUUUCUUGGAAGAGCACUGGUUAUCCAUGAGAAAGAAGAUGACUUAGGCACAAUGGGUAAUGAUGGAAGUCGCAAGACAGGCAAUUCCGGAAAACGUUUAACAUGUGCUGUAGUUGGUGUUUGGAAAGCUCCAUAAACUAGUUUUGGCUCAUUUUUCAUAUUUAUUUAAAGUAAGAGAAACUCAGAACGAAUUGUUAUUUACCUAAAUCUAAUCUAUCAAACUCUAUUGGUAUAUGGUUUUAAAAGUUUUUGUGUUGGUUCAUUCAUUUGUUGAGCAAAUCCAAAUAGUAUUAAACGUUGGACAGUUGAUAGUAGCAAUAAUGUUAUUUUUACUUUUAUUACACAUUAUUUAUGGCUAGUCUAGGGUUGAUGAGUACUGUGGAAGUAUUGAUAUUAUAUUCUUUAUGUUUCCAUUGUACUAUUUAAACUUGGAUUAAUUUUGAUUUGGUUAUUUUCUCCUGAAGAAGUGGCUUACACUGAGUCACGAAACGUCAGAAAAUUUAAUUUUUCUACUCAUUGAGAUAUUACAAUUAUAUUAAUUUAUUUAUAACUUGUAUUACUGUUUUGAACUAUUUAGUAUGUAUCAUUUCCAAUUGUUAGAUGAAAAGCUACUUCCUAAAAAUACUUUCUAGUAUUGUGAAUCAUUUCAAGUCACAUGUUUACUCAACGUGUUUUCAUAUUUUCAAUAAAAUUAGUUCAAUGUGA